AUGUCGGUAUUCCACUUGGGUGAUCAUGUGUGGCUGGACCCUCCCUCCACCAGCAAGACCGGUGUGGCCAUUGGAGGCAUUGUCAAAGAGACAAAACUGGGAAAGGUCUUGAUUGAGGAUGAUGAGGGCAAGGAACACUGGAUCUCUGCAGCGGACCUCAACACCCUCAGCCCCAUGCACCCCAACUCAGCCCAAGGAGUGGAUGACAUGAUCCGCCUAGGUGACCUGAACGAGGCAGGGGUGGUACACAACCUCCUGGUCCGCUACCAGCAGCACAAGAUCUACACCUAUACAGGCUCCAUCCUGGUAGCUGUGAACCCAUUCCAGAUGCUGCCCCUGUACACCCUGGAGCAGGUACAACUCUACUACAGCCACCACAUGGGUGAGCUGCCGCCCCACGUCUUUGCCAUUGCCAACAGCUGCUACUUCAACAUGAAGAAGAACAAGAGGGAUCAGUGCUGCAUCAUCAGUGGCGAGUCUGGGGCUGGGAAGACUGAGACCACCAAGCUCAUCCUUCAGUUCCUGGCUACAGUCAGCGGCCAGCAUUCGUGGAUUGAGCAGCAGGUCCUGGAGGCCAACCCCAUCCUGGAAGCCUUUGGCAAUGCCAAGACCAUCCGCAACGACAACUCCAGCCGCUUCGGAAAGUACAUUGACAUCCACUUCAACCCCAGCGGGGUGAUCGAGGGUGCCAGCAUUGAGCACUUUCUUCUGGAGAAGUCCAGAGUCUGUCGGCAGGCUGCGGAGGAACGAAACUAUCACAUUUUCUACUGCAUGCUUAUGGGGAUGAGCCCAGAGGAAAAGAAACUGCUGGGGCUGGGCAUGCCCUCUGACUACCACUACCUGACCAUGGGGAACUGCACAUCCUACGAGGGGCUCAGCGAUGCCAAGGACUACGCGCACGUUCGCUCAGCCAUGAAGAUCCUCCACUUCUCAGACUCUGAGAACUGGGACAUCAGCAAGCUGUUGGCAGCCAUCCUCCACCUGGGGAAUGUGGGGUUUAUGGCUGCGGUCUUCGAGAACCUGGAUUCCUCUGAUUUGAUGGAAACUCCAGCCUUCUCCUUUGCGAUGAACUUGCUAGAGGUGCAGUUCCAGGCUCUCCGAGAAUGCUUGAUCAAACACACAAUCCCCAUCCGUGGAGAAUACGUCUCCAGGCCCUUGAACAUUGCACAAGCUGCAGACCGAAGAGACGCUUUUGUCAAGGGCAUCUACGGGCACCUCUUCCUAUGGAUUGUCAAGAAGAUCAAUGCUACGAUCUUCACACCACCAGGCGAGGAUCCCCGAAGUGUGCGGAGGGCCAUUGGUCUCCUGGACAUAUUUGGCUUUGAAAACUUUGAGAAAAAUAGCUUUGAACAACUCUGCAUCAACUUCGCCAAUGAGCAUCUCCAGCAAUUCUUUGUGAAGCAUGUGUUCACAAUGGAGCAGGAGGAGUACCUUUCUGAGAACAUCAGCUGGAACUACAUCCACUACAUGGACAACCAGCCCAUCCUAGACCUGCUGGCCGUCAAGCCCAUGAGUGUCAUCUCCCUCCUAGAUGAGGAGAGCCGCUUCCCACAGGGGACAGACGUCACGAUGCUGCAGAAACUGAACAGUGUCCAUGCCAACAACAAGUCCUUCCUAAGACCCAAGAACAUCCAUGACACCCGAUUUGGAAUUGUGCACUUUGCGGGUGACGUAUACUACCAGGCAGAAGGCUUUCUGGAGAAGAACCGAGACGUGCUAAGCAUAGACAUCCUCAACCUGGUUCAGUCCUCCAAAAACAAGUUCCUGAAGGAGAUAUUCAACCUGGAGUCACCACAAACAAAGAUGGGCCAUGGCACCAUCCGCCAGUUGAAGGCAGGAAACCAGUUCUUCAAGCCAUCAGACUCCAUCAAGCGCCCACUCACCCUCGCAGGCCAGUUCAAGCAGUCCCUGGAUCAGCUGAUGAGAAUCCUGACCAACUGUCAGCCCUACUUCAUCCGCUGCAUCAAACCCAAUGAGUACAAGAAGCCGCUGCUGUUUGACCGAGAGCUGUGCAUUCAGCAGCUGCGCUAUUCCGGCAUGAUGGAGACGGUGCAAAUCCGCAAGUCGGGUUUUCCCAUCCGCUACACGUUUGAAGAGUUCUCCCAGAGGUUCCACAUGCUGCUGUCCAGCCCUGAGCGCAAGCAGUUUCAAGACAAACACCGCCAAAUGACCUUGCGCAUUGCUGACCUGUGCCUGGGGACAGACAAAGACUGGAAAGUGGGAAAGACCAAAAUCUUCCUGAAGGAUCAUCAGGACACAAUGCUGGAGAUCCAGAGGAGCCAGGCCCUGGACGGAGCAGCGACCUGCAUCCAGAGAGUCCUUCGGGGACACAAAUACAGGAAGGAGUUCCUGAGGCAGAGACAGGCGGCUGUGACCCUGCAGGCAACAUGGCGAGGCCACUGCCAAAGAAAGAAUUUUGAGCUGAUCCUAGUGGGGUUUAAGCGUCUGCAGGCCAUUGCCCGGAGCCACCAGCUGAUGAGACAGUUCCAGGCCAUGCGACAGAGGAUAGUGCAGCUACAGGCCCAUUGCAGGGGCUACCUGGUGCGACAGCAAUUCCAGGCCAAGAGGAAGGCGGCGGCGACCAAACAGGUACAUGCCAGAGGCCUGGCUGCCCGGUGGAGCUUCCCGCAACAGAAACCCGUUAAACCUCGGGUCAUUCUGGCUAGCGAACCAAAGGGUCAAGGUGCUGUCCUUGACAGGAAGCGUAAGUCCAUCUAUGACACAGUUACCGACACAGAGAUGGUGGAGAAAGUGUUCGGCUUCCUCCCAGCCAUGAUUGGAGGCCAGGAGGGCCCAGCUCCGACAGGCUUUGAGGAUCUGGAAGUAAAGACUCAGAAACUGCCCGAAGUUGAUCUGGAUGCAGUGCCCAUGACGGAGAUGCCUGAGGAAGAUAGGGACGAUUUGGCUGAGUAUACCUUCCCCAAGUUUGCCGUGACUUACUUCCAGAAAUCAGCCAACCAUACCCACAUACAGAAGCUGCUCAAGUACCCACUGCUCUACCAUGAAAACGAAACUGACCACCUGGCAGCUCUAGCUGUGUGGCCCAUCAUCCUGAGGUUCAUGGGGGACCUUCCGGAACCAGUGCUCUACAUCAGGAACAGCCUGAGUGACUCGGUGACACGGCAGACCCAUAACAGGCUGAGCAAGGACAGUGGCACUCAGGGCCCACAGCACAACGGACAUGCACAGGUGGCCAGAAAACUGAAUCCUGGUGAAGAGGCAUUCAAUUCUGAUGUCCCUGUCUCAGAAAGACCCAUGUCUAACCUGGAGAAGGUGCACUUCAUUGUGGGCUACGCCAUCAUGCGUCCCGGACUCAGAGAUGAAAUUUACUGCCAGAUCUGCAAGCAGCUCUCUGGGAACCACAAGACAAGCAGCGUGGGCCGGGGCUGGAUUCUGCUCAGCCUCUGUCUGGGCUGCUUCCCUCCCUCGGAGAGGUUCAUGAAGUAUCUGCUGAAUUUUAUUAGUCAAGGGCCAGCCAGCUAUGGGCCCUUCUGUGCCGAGCGCCUACAGCGUACCUUCUCCAAUGGGGUGCGCUCAGAACCCCCCACCUGGCUGGAGUUGCAGGCCGUCAAGUCCAAGAAGCACAUCCCGAUCCAGGUCAUCCUUGCAGCUGGAGGGAGCCUGACUGUCUCUGUGGAUUCUGCCUCCACAUCCCAAGAAGUCUGCCAGCACAUCGCUCAGAAACAGGGCCUCAAGGACCAGCUGGGCUUCUCCCUCCAGGUCGCUGUGUACAACAAGUUCUGGUCCUUGGGCAAUGGCAGUGACCAUGUGAUGGAUGCUGUGGCCCAGUGUGAACAACUGGCCCGGGAGAGGGGAGAGAGCCAGUGCCAGUCCCCCUGGCGCAUCUACUUCCGGAAGGAGUUCUUCGCCCCCUGGCAUGACUCCCGGGAGGACCCUGUGAGCACUGAACUCAUUUACUCCCAAGCCCUCCAUGGAGUGUGGUCUGGCGAGUAUACUUUUGAGAAGGAGGAGGAACUGGUGGAGCUGCUGGCCCGCCACUGCUACGUGCGGCUUGGGGCCACGGUGAAGAGCAGCGCUGUUCAGGAGCUGCUGCCUAGCUGCAUUCCCGCCAAGCUGUACCGGACCAAGUCUCCAGAGAAGUGGGCUAGCAUCGUCAUGGCUGCCCAUGCCAAGGCCCCGUAUACCCAGACCAAAGCCAAACCACUGGCGGUGAAAGAGCAGACAGUGGAGGCUGCCCGUUUGCUGUGGCCCCUGCUCUUCUCCCGGCUAUAUGAAGUCACCACACUCUCCGGCCCCAGCCUUCCCAAGACACAGCUGAUUUUGGCCAUUAACUGGAAGGGGCUGUGCUUUCUGGACCAGAAGGAGAACCAGCUGCUGGAGUUGUCCUUCGCAGAGGUCAUGAGUCUGGUUGCCAACAGGGACGCCCCAGGUGGCCAGCGACUGCUUCUGUCCACACUGCAUGAAGAGUAUGAGUUCUUCUCCCCCAGCAGCGUGGCCAUUGCAGAGUUAGUGGCCUUGUUCCUGGGAGGAUUGAAGGAGAGGUCUGUGUUCGCCAUGGCCCUGCAGGACAGAAAGGCCACAGAUGACGCCACCCUUCUGCCGUUCAAGAAAGGGGACUUAUUGAUCCUGACCAAGAGACAGGGACCAUCGGCCUCAGAGAACUGGAUCCCAGGGCAGAAUGACAGAACAGGCAAGACAGGGCUGGUGCCCGUGGCCUGCCUCUACAUCAUCCCCUCGCUCACCAAGCCCUCAGCCCAGCUGCUGAAGUUGCUGGCCAUGUCACCAGAGAAGCGGAAGCUGGCUGCCCAGGAGGUGCGGGCUGCAGAACCACUGCUGGAGGAGCAGUCCACGGAGUCACCCUACACCCUGGAGGAGUUUUCCUACCAGUUCUUCAGGGCUCCAGACAAGGAGACCAUCAGCAGGUCCACCAUGCCUAUGGCCCGCAAUCGAGGCCACCUGUGGGCCUACUCCCCAGAGCCACUGCGCCAGCCACUGCUCAAAUGUGUCCACGACAAAGCCAAACUUCGGGAUCCCGCCUGUCAGAUCUUUCUUGCCAUUCUCAAGUACACAGGCGACUACCCUUCCCGGCAGUCAUGGAACAGCCUGGAGCUCACAGACCAGAUGUUCUCCUUAGCCCUGCAGGAGCCGGCUCUUCAGGAUGAGCUCUACUGCCAGAUCCUAAAGCAACUGACCCACAACUCAGUCAGGUACAGUGAAGAGCGAGCCUGGCAGCUGCUAUGGCUCUGCACAGGCCUCUUCCCGCCAGGUAAAAAGCUGCUACCUCACGCUCAGAAGUUCAUAGACUCCCGGAAGAAAAAACUUCUGGCUCCUGACUGCAGUCGCAGGCUCCACAGGGUUCUGAGGAUGGGACCUCGAAAGCAGCCCCCACAUCACGUAGAGGUGAAGGCUGCUGAGCAGAAUGUCUCCAAACUACGCCAUGAGGUGUACCUCCCCAAUGACACAAAUAAGACAAUGGAGGUGGGCAGCAGUAGCCGGGUACGAGACCUCUGUGAGAGCAUCGCCACAAGGCUGCAGCUGGCCUCCUGGGAUGGCUGCAGUCUCUUCAUCAAGAUCACAGACAAGGUCAUCAGUCUGAAGGAAGGAGACUUCUUUUUUGACAGCCUGAGGCAGGUUUCUGACUGGGUGAAGAAGAACAGGCCCCAGAAAGAAGGGGCCUCCACACUUCCCUACCAGGUGUUUUUCAUGCGGAAACUGUGGCUCAAUGUGACCCCGGGGAAGGACGUGAAUGCAGACACCAUUCUCCACUACCACCAGGAGCUACCCAAGUACCUGCGAGGGUUUCACAAGUGCUCCAGGGAAGACGCCAUCCACCUAGCGGGCCUCAUCUAUAGAGUCCAGUUUGGCAGUGACCGGUCUCAACUGGCUAGUGUCUCAAAGAUCCUGAAAGAACUGGUGCCUCAGAACCUCACACGCCUGAUGUCCUCAGAGGAAUGGAAAAAGAACCUCCUUCUGGAAUGUGACAAACACAAAAACAAGACAGUGGCAGAGGCCAAGGUGGAGUUCCUGAAGAGGAUCUGCCGCUGGCCUACCUUUGGAUCCGCCUUCUUUGAGGUGAAGCAAACCUCUGAUCCUUCCUACCCAGACAUUCUCCUCAUUGCCAUCAACAGACAUGGGUUGCUACUCAUCCAUCCCAAGACCAAGGAACUGCUGAACACCUACUCCUUCACCAAGCUCUCCAGCUGGAGCAGUGGCAGUACUUACUUCCACAUGGCGCUGGGGAGCCUGGGCCAGGGCAGCCGUUUGCUGUGUGAGACCUCUCUGGGCUACAAGAUGGAUGACCUGCUGACCUCAUACGUCCAGCAGCUUAUGAACACAGUGAACAAGCAGCGGGGCUCCAGGGUCCCAGCCCCGGCCAACCCCUGA